AUGCCGUCCAACGAGAGUCAACCAAAGGUAGGCAAUAACGCCGUACUUCGCAACAUCAAUCCCAACUACACGGGCUUCGACCAUAUUAGAUGGUAUGUCGGGAAUGCCCGUCAAGCAGCGACCUACUUCGUCGCCCAAUUUGGCUUCCGCAUCGUUGCCUACCGCGGACCAGAAACGGGCUCCCACCUAAGCUGUUCGUACGUUGUCACCAACGGAAACGCCCGAUUCGUUCUCACGGCUCCCAUCACCCCUCCCAACAACACCUGGGACAAACGGGCCUCAGGCGCAGACCGUCAGCAGUUGGAUGAAAUCCAUGCACACCUGACCAAGCACGGCGAUGGCGUCAAAGACGUCGCGUUCGCCGUCGACGAUAUCACUGGCGUUUGGGAACACGCCAUCCAGCACGGUGCCAUCUCCAUCCAGGAACCACAACUUCUCAAAGAUGACAGCGGCGAGGUCCGUUCCGCCACAAUCCAGACCUACGGCGACACAGCACAUACGCUGAUCAACAGAUCCGCGUAUCAAGGGAUCUUCCUCCCCGGAUACCAAGCCGUAUCCGGCCAGGAUCGACUGAACGAUCUACUUCCCGAGAUUGACGUGAUCGAAAUCGACCAUUGCGUGGGCAAUCAAGGCUGGAAUGGCCUAGACAGCAUCGUGAAGUACUACGAAGACGCCCUAAACUUCCACCGCUACUGGACCGUCGACGACAAAGAAAUGUGCUCCGAAUACUCCGCAAUGCGCUCCAUCGUAAUGGCCUCGCCCAAUGAAAUCAUAAAAAUGCCCAUGAACGAGCCCGCCACCGGUCUCAAAAAGUCCCAAAUAGAGGAAUUCGUAGAAUACUACAACGGCCCCGGCUGCCAACACAUCGCCCUCCUCACCCCGAACAUACUACAAGCCGUAAAGAACCUCACCACCCGCGGCGUAUCCUUCCUCUCCGUCCCAGACACUUACUACGCCAACAUGCGCACGCGCCUCGCAUCCGCGAACAUCACCCUAGCCGAAGACAUCAACCUGCUUCAGAAAUACAAUAUAUUGAUUGAUUUCGAUGAGGGUGGGUAUUUGCUGCAGAUUUUCACAAAGCAUGUGGUUGAUCGCCCGACGGUGUUUUUGGAGAUUAUUCAGAGGGAGGGGUUUGAUGGCUUUGGGGCCGGGAAUUUUAGGAGUUUGUUUGAGGCGUUUGAGAGGGAGCAGGAGGGGAGGGGGAAUUUUUACAUUAUCUUCGCGUCACUAUAG